CACUAAUCGUGGGAGUCGGGGAGCGAGACCAUUUGCGUACUCUGCUAGUAUGUCGUUUCUACAGUCCAGCUGACCAUCUGACAGAACAUUCGCCGGCGACCAAUCAAGAUUUUGAUAACUUGUCCCAUGUGAAGGAAGGAUGUGGCGUGUUGAUAAUAGGUUGGCAUCUGACGGAUUGCAUCAUUGCAAACACGACCACCUCCGCGGACUCCGUCCCUGAUAAGGCACUGUUUGAUCCUACUGUGGAUGCGGCAUUGCGUUUAAAAUCUACAUUGGAGACUAACCAGUACCUUGCAUCUCAGCGAUGUUGCUGCAUAAAUAUAGAACCUUUCACCCAAGUACUAAGCUUGGAGUAACGGAUCAUAUCAGACCACUAAGACCGGUGCGUGGCUUCUCAGACUGGCAUAUAAUGCAUAUCUGCAAUAGACCCGGUCACUUGUCCGCUAUCAUGGUCCCGUUGUUUGAACAAGCUGAUAUCAAUAUCGGCAUCACACUGCAGCACGCCAACUAUGCUUUCUUCGCUAUAACAUGUCUUUGGGUUUAUGACUUCGCUCUCACCCUCGAUAAAGAUGUCGCGUAUAUACUGGACGCUCCAUGGCGAAUACCCAAACUAACCUAUCUUACCUGCCGGUACUUGCCGUUUGCAUUGAUCGUUACCGAUAUGCUCCGAAUUUCACAGUUUGGACUUUCCCUCAAGUCCUGCACAACAUUUUAUGCGUUCAGCACAUAUGUUGGAGGAAUCAUACUGCUCUGUGCAGAAUCACUCUUUAUGCAGAGGGUUUUGGCGGUAACGGGUCGCAGAUGGCUGAUAGCGUGUUGCCACGUUGUGCUCUUCCUGGUCCCAUUGGUGGUGACACUUACAUUAUACAACUCUUCUUCCACAAUCGUGCAGUCACCUAUUCCAAAAGUCGCAAGUUGCUACUCCAGCAAGCAGAGUCACAUUAUCAUCGUAGCCUACGGUUUGCUCGUCAUCGUAGAAAUAGAAAUCCUCAGUUUCAUGUUAUAUCACUCGUGGAAGCUUUAUAGAUACCAUGGAAACGAUUCACCUCUUGUACGGGUCCUGGUCAGACAUAACAUGUUUUACUUUACCUGUGGGCUUUUAUUUUCCAUCAUGGCCGUGGUCGCCGCGGUUGCUCUUCUCGCUUCGUACGCAGACGCAGUAUCAGGUUUACAGUUCGUGAUACACGGAAUACUAGCGACGCGUAUGCACCGCGAACUGUACAACGCAGCCCACCACACUGAAGAGACUUCUACCGGGAAUAUAAGUCUUCCUCUUGUUUUUGCACCAGCUUCGUCAUUAUAAAGGUUCUUCUUUUUACCCUACAGAAAACCAGGUCAAUGAUUUUUAGAUAGAGAAUUUGUAUCUUCUCGGUUGGUAAGAGUAGAUACUGCACGAGAUCCUCUUUCCUGCCACUCAUGAGCCUAAUUGAACCAGUCGAAGAGCGCAGCUUCACG